GCCUUCCCAACCCUGUCUCAAACCCCAGAUUAACGGGAAAGGGUUCGAGAAAUUCCAACAACCAACACCCAACGCGUUGGGGAACUCAGCGGAAACAGCAAGCAUGUCUCCCUGCUUCGUCCUCCUGCUGGCGCUCCCUCUGGUGGCCUCUCAGUACAUGGGGUCUGGGCGCUGCCCCUCUCCCGAUGUGAAGGCCAACUUCAGCAUGGACCAGUUCCUAGGACGGUGGUAUCCGAUAAUGAAGAUGCCGCGGAGGAAUUCAGAGAACUCAGGGCAUAGGUGCAGCUCAAGUACCUUUGUUCGGCAGAUGGACAACUCUGUGCUCCUCACCAUAACCCCCCAUCCCAAAUGGACGGAGGGUUUGAUCUACGAAGGCAGGGAGGAGGCGGCCAAGAUGGAGCUCCACGUGAAAAUUGAGCCUGAAUCCUUGAAUGCAUCGAUGCGCACCUGUGAGAUAUGGUUGUUGGAGACAGACUACACCAAUAUGGCCGUGCUCUACACCUGCAAGGACAUCUUGGACAUGGCCUACAUUGAGAUGGCUUGGGUCAUGUCCCGCGAGCGCACCCUGCCCAGCCGGAUGGUGGGCGAGGCCCUGGAGCUGUUGGAGGGCCAGGGCAUCGACGUCAGCCUAAUGACCAGGGCGGACCAGACCGACUGUGACCCACUGGUGGCCGAGGAGACGACUCCGAGUUAACCUCAUCGCUUUGAUCGGUCACUCAAAUCUUUAGGGAACUGGUACUUGAAUGUAUAUAUAUGUUAGUGCUGUCAUGGGAUUCAA